AUGUCUCUGUCUGUAUGCCUCUAUCUCGACUCUCUCUCAUUUCUCUCCCCCUAUCCCUCCAAUGCACUCACUCAUUCUCUCGUCUCUCUCCUUCUCCAGGAGCGUGCAGAGAGGGCUUUGGGCUGCUCAGUGGAGGAUCUGAAGGCUCUUUUCUACUGUGAGCUGUGUCACAAGCAGUACUUCAGACACCGGGAGUUUGACAACCACAUCAACUCCUACGACCAUGCACACAAACAGAGGCUGAAGGAACUCAAGCACAGAGAGUUUGCUCGCAAUGUGGCCUCGAAAUCAUGGAAGGACCAACGCAAACAGGAGAAGGCUCUCAGACGCCUGCACCAGCUCGCACAACUGCAACAGGAAACCCAGCGAGCCCCAGGAAGAACAGGACUAAGAAGUGCAGUCAGGGCUGUGAGACCGCGGCAAGAUAGAAACGUGGACAAAAGAGACCACAGCCCUGAGGACUUCAACCACACCCAGAGACCCCCUCCUACGCAACCCACGGCAGCUCCUCUCAGCCACCAGCGAGAAAAUCCACACCAAUCUCCUACCCAAAUACUGCUAGCCACUGCAGAGUCCCCACUAAUCACACAUCCGGCAUCCAAAACAAACCCACCUGCAGUGAACCCCCAGUCUUGCCUGGGCUUGUAUCCCCAGCUGCCUCUCCCAGGGCGGGGGAGAGUGGGAGGCAGGCUUGGGGUGUCCUUCUGCUUCUCACGCAGGGGGCCCAGGCUCGAGCCUUCCGCCUCCGUCUUCUCGGACCUGGAGGAGGAGGAGAGAGACAAGAGGGAACAAAUAAAAGAAAGGAUAAAGGGUAUGAUGGAAGAUAUUGACAAGGAAAUUGGGGCAGCAGAGGAGGGGAUACACAGUGAGAGUGAAAAACAUGAUUUCAGAUCUGACUGUGUUAGACUGAGCGACACAAGGCCAAUCCCCAGGGAGGCUGCCAGAGAAGAGGAGAUUGAAAAAAGAGAUGCAGUGAAAGUACACUCUAAUAUUUCCACAGCAGCACCUGAUAAUCAGAGCCAUGAUUCACUAUUCUUGCCAUCAAAGACCCAGGUGGCCCUAAGGGGCACAGCAUUAGCAGGUGCACACAUGGACACCGAACACACAGAUAGCGAGACAAAGAGAAAGCAAGAAUCAGAGGCGGGGAGGGAAGAGAGUCAGUAUAUGUGUGUGCUGGGGAAGGACGGCUCUACUUGUCUGAGAUGGCCUGUCAGUUUGCUUAAGUUCACCAAGUCUCAACCACACGUCUCUUACAGCUGCAACCCAUUCUGCUUGAACCCACAACAACCAGAACUACUCACAGAGGAUCGGCAGGAGUCACAACAAAAUCAGUUUUGUGCUCCCUCAGAGGAAUCAGAUCCAUGUGUGCCAGCUGUUCUUACAUCAGACACUCCUUCCUGUUUACAAAGACAGACAAGACAAGAGCUGAAAGCAAACAGACAGGAAAAAUCUGAGGAUUACUAUAAGGCAGAGCAACAUGUAGACGUAGAGAGAGAAGCACACCAGUUCCUAAAGAACAAAAACGUUUCAUCGUCAGAAACAAGACCAGAAAGAGGAAGAUGCACGCUAAGAAUGGAUAAUUGCAUGAGGGCAGCGUCCCAUCCAUUUGACCCCACUAAUAGUGACAGCUCUGACAUAAACUCCCAGAAUCCUCUGGGAGGCAGAUUAGGGGGUGUGAGAGGGAUCAGGGAGAGAGCCAUCAUAGCCAUGAGCUGUAAAUUAGAGUCUGUCACCAAACCUGGCACACAGAGGAUGUGCAGUAGCCCGUCCAGGUGUGAGUGUGGGAGUGAGACAAUGUGCAAGUGUGCCAGCGCUCCACAGCCGUAUGUGGGUGUCUCAGAAGUGUCACGCAAAAAGAGGAAAGCCAGCACAAAGAAACACAAGCUGGGAAAGAGGAAUAGGGGUGAGGAGGAAAAGGCUUCAAACAAGCGCCAAUCAGCAAGGUGCAAAGUGAGGAGUGUUGUCUCCACAGUCUCCACUUGCAUUGAGAGGAGUGGAGAAGCUGGAGGGAGCUUGGGGAAGAAAAGGAGGCAAAGGGAGACGGGGGAGACGAGGAUGAGGGGAAGGAGGGAGCAGAGAGCAGGGAGCAGCUGUCUCCUCGGGAGAUGUGAUGCUGAGCCAGUAUCUGUCUCUGUCAGGAAGAGGAGGCCUCACAGGAGCCACAGCACUGAUUCCCAGUCCCAGCCAGACAGAGAGCAGGCAGAGCACUGCAGUGCCUACUCCCAGCUCGCCAGACACACAGCAGACAGACACAUCGAGGGGGAGGGAAAGCGAGACAGAGAUGCAGUGACUUUUCCCUGGCGGUCUCACUUCUCCUUACACUCCUUCUCACCAGGAUGUAACUCUAAGCUGUUUUGGGAAAGGGGUCACCAUAGCAACCCCAGGAGUUUCAUUGACUGCUGUUACCCUGACAACAACCGUGGUUGCAGCCCGGCGAGAAAGAGAAAACUCCUCCACAGGGACAGGAAAGUCAUUCAUAGUAAGAGGAAGAGUUCGAGGCAUCGUGAUGACUGGGAGGAGACAGAGAGGGGCAGGGCAAUGGGAGAGCGUUCAGGUUGCAGAGACAGGGGCCUGAUUUCAGAUACAGAACAGUGGGAGUGGAUAAGGGGGAGCUGUCCUGGAGGUAGUGAGGAGGGCAGGUCAAGAAGUGGGUGGAGAUCGAGAAACAGAGGAGUGGAGUGGGAGCGGGUGGCAAGUUUUAGCCCCAGUCCUAGCAGCUGGGACAGGAGAGGCAGACAUCUUAGAAUGGAAGAUGUCGACUGGGACAGGUGCAGCGUGGACAGAUGGACAUGGAGCAGCAGCGACAGCUGGGAAGACAGGGGGACACACAGAUCUACGUCAGGCUCCAGGACAGGGGCAGACAGCAGAGACAGCCCAGGCUGUGUGUGGAAAUCUGCAGGCACCAGACGCUCAAGCUCGAGACACUUCUCCAGCCCUGAGUGGUGGACAAGUAGGCAGACAUACAGCCCCCAGAGUGUGAUCAACACACGGGCCGGCAGAUGCCACAGCCCUCGCUCCUGCAGCCCCUGCAGCAGCACCAGCAUGUCCGAUCUAAGCUGGGAGUGGAGCAGGAGCAGCACCUGCUCAGGAGUCACAGUGGAUGGGUUGACAGUCAGCACCUGUAGGACGUCCUUAGGAGCUCCAGGACUCUCAUCUGAGGCCCAUCAGGAGGUAAAGAAGCAGAGCAGCCCCACGUCCACUACAUCUGGCCUUACCUCUUGCUCCUUCUCUCAUUCCUCGCCCAACAGAUCCUCUUUUGCUCCCACAGUUCCGGGCCUCAACACGCAUCAUUGUGACACAAGCCCUUCUCAGCUUAAGGAGCCCAAUUCACAGUCUGACUUUGGACAUGGACCCUCUGCCCUUGUCAACUCAAGCAAGUCAGGCACAACUCUCCCAGGACUAUCCCCCAGAAAGUCUGUGCCACAGAAACCAGCCAGGAUGUUGCUUCUCCCUCUCAUAGGGAAACUACCUGCAAUCCAGAGAAAGGCCAGGAAGAAACAAGGGCUGCUGGAGAAAAGUCAGGAGAAGGAGGGAGAGGAGGAAGAGGAGGCUAAGGGCAGUGGAACGGAUCCUGCAGCAGUCGUCGACAGUCAAAAAUGUCCUCUGGACAUGGUUGAGUCAAACCAUUGUAGCAUGCCAAAUCUCUGCCCGUCGCAGAUUAGCACUUAUGACAAGCAGACAGGUGGAGAGACAGCUCCGCCAAUCAGCUUUACUGCUGAGGAGAUGGACAAAUAUCGCCUCCUGCAAGAGCAGGCGAGAGAGCACAUGCAGAAAGUUCUGGAACAGACGCAAGAGAGUGCAGAUAUGCACACAAAGACAAACACACACACAGCACAGCGAGAGAACUGUGGGACUUCAGAGGAACAAUACACACCUGCACCCUUGCACAACCCUUCACAGCCUCAAACCCAGUCGCUUCACACAGACACGAUGCAAACACAAGCACAGCACACCGUCAGGGUCAGUCUCCCACUUCCACACGUGACCUCACAAGAGAACUUUACUCAACCCGUGGCUCUGAGAGUCCCAAACCUGCCCCCUCUCUCCAGCCUCCAUCAUAUUAUUUUACAACACGCAGCCCUCUCCAUGCCCCCCUCCUCCUCAUCUUCUUCCACCCCAUCCACCUCUCCCACCAUCCACCCACACGCAGCUCAACUCCCUCACCCCCUGCCCCCUCUCCACCUCUCCCUCCCUCAUCACCUUCACCUCUCUCCCUUUUCCAUAUCCUCACUGUUUCCCUCCAUUCUGCUGUCCCAUCAUCCCAUCCCUCUCCUCCCCCAGUCCCCUGCUUUUCACGCGACCCCACUUGCUCCGCCCUCCCAAGUAGCCCUGCAACCCUUAAACCCACAGUCUUUCAUGGACAGAGUGUGGCCAGUGAGGUUUCAACAGAAGGCGUUGUGA